CGGCGCUCAGGUUCCUGAUUCCCGCUAGCGAUGGCGCCGGGCGGCUUGCGCUGGCUACGCGGCCUGUGGACCGCCGGGCAGCCCCUGUUCCAGGGCCGUUUGCUCCUUGUGACCAACACACUGGGCUGCGGCGCUCUCAUGGCGGCUGGAGACGGCGCGCGCCAGUCUUGGGAGAUCCGCGCCCGACCUGGGCAGAAAUUCAGCCCGCGACGCUCAGCGAGUAUGUUUGCGGUGGGCUGCAGCAUGGGCCCCUUCCUGCACUACUGGUACCUCUGGCUGGACCGCCUACUCCCUGCCUCAGGCCUCCAAGGCCUCCCAAACAUCCUCAAGAAGGUUCUCGUGGACCAGCUGGUAGCCUCUCCCAUGCUGGGCGUCUGGUACUUCUUGGGCCUUGGCUGCCUGGAAGGCCAGAUGCUGAGUGAUAGCUGCCAGGAGUUGCAGGACAAAUUCUGGGAAUUCUACAAGGCCGACUGGUGCGUGUGGCCAGCUGCACAGCUGGUGAACUUCCUCUUCGUGCCCCCCCAGUUCCGAGUCACUUACAUCAAUGGCCUGACACUGGGCUGGGACACAUACCUGUCCUACCUGAAGUACCGGGUGAGCACAAGUCCAAGCUCCCUGACACCCUCAGCCUGCAUGGCUCUGGACACCCGAGUGGACUGAGCUGCCUGUUUCCCAGCACAGGAUGCCAAACAGUGCAAGAUUAACUCCCAGAGGACUACCCUUUGACUGGUGGUGAAGCAGCUUCUGCCCAGGCCAGGAUGCUGGGCCAUGGCAGAGCCCCAGUCCAACUCCUGAGCAUCUGGUUAAGCUGUCACUUCCAAGCACAUUGCUGGCCCCAUCUAGAACACAACCACAAAGAUAGAUGAUCAUCCCCAAGCCUUUCUCAGAAGGAGCCUCAUGUGACUUGUAACCAAGAUGUCCCAUCUUCAGCCUGGGGCCCCACCUAGUCCAGGCCCAGGCACCAACUCCUGGACACUAAAGUGGCUUUGAGACCAAGACAAGGAUAUGGCCCAUCCCCUCAGUGUGGGGUCAGGCCUGUAGUCGGCCUCCACAAA